AUGGGUGUCGCUAUUAAGAAGAGGACUGGUCAGGAGAACACUGCCUCAGCCAAGCUUGAGGAGAAGUUGGAAGAUGUUGUUCAGGUGGUCCUGAUUGAUAACGAAUCGCAGGCCGAUUCCCUUCUUUCGAACCCAUUCAAGGACCCUGCAGUCGCUCAGUACUAUCAUGAUUUGUACGAGAAGAGUCAGUAUGAGUGUCGUCUGGCCUUUGAUCCUGACUUCGAGUGGCUGCCUGAGGAGGAGAAAAAGGUGAUUAGAAAGUUGGAUUUCAGAGUGGCGCUCAGUGCUUGUGUGAUGUUUAUUGCCUUGCAAGUGGACAGAGGUAAUUUGGCUCAGGCUGUGGUUGAUGACUUGUUGCCUGAUCUUGGAAUGAACACUAAUGACUAUAACACAGGUAACACGAUCUUCCUUGUGGCUUUCUUGUUGGCUGAAUUGCCUUCUCAAGUGAUUUCCAAGAAGCUCGGACCAGAUAUCUUUAUUCCUUUGCAGAUGUGUUCCUGGUCCAUUGUGGCUAUCUGCCAGGGUGCAAUGCAAAACAGAGCUGGUUUUUUCGUUUGCAGAGCACUUAUCGGUGCCAUUGAGGGUGGUUUCAUUGCCGACUUGGUUUUGUGGCUUUCGUACUUCUACAAGUCCAAGGAGUUGCCUCUUCGUUUGUCGUGGUUCUGGACUUCCCUUUCGCUUUGUCAGAUUUUCACCUCCCUUUUGGCUUUCGGUAUUUUGCGUAUGAGAGGUAUUGCAGGUUUGGCAGGUUGGAGAUGGCUUUUUAUUAUCGAGGGUCUCUUCACUCUUAUCAUUGGACUUCUUGCAUUUUACCUUAUGGUUCCUUCUGCUGUGCAGACAAAGAACUGGCUUCAUCCAAAGGGUUGGUUUACCGACAGACAGGAGAAGAUUGUCGUCAACAGGGUGUUGAGAGAUGACCCUUCCAAGGGAGACAUGCAUAACAGACAAGGUUUGACUUUGAAGAUGAUUGCAAAAUCCGCUUGGGAUUACGACUUGUGGCCUGUUUUUGCAAUCGGUUUCAUUGCAUACAUUCCCAACAGUACAAUUCAGCCUUAUAUGACGCUUUCCAUGAGGUCGUUGGGUUUCAGUCGAUUCGACACUAACUUGCUUACAAUCCCAUCUGCUGUUCUCCAUAUCAUUACCUUGCUUUUAAUUACUUGGUUCUCUGAGAGAAUCAACGAACGUGCCUUGACGUGUUUGGCUUACCCAAUCAUGGUUGUGCCAUUUUUGGCUGCUAUCAGAUGGUGGCCAGGCAGUGGAGAAAACGCAUGGGUGACUUGGUUCUUGGUUACGAUGGUUUUGUCUGGUCCAUACAUUCACGCUAUCUGUGUUUCUUGGGUUUCCAGAAACUCGAACUCCAUUCGUUCAAGGUCCGUCUGCUCGGCUUUGUAUAACAUGACCGUGCAAAUUGGAGCCAUUGGUGCUGCCAACAUUUACAGAGAAGACGAUAAGCCAAGAUACCGCAGAGGUAACAUGCAGCUUUUCAUCAUUGCUGUUGCAUUGAUUCCAUUGCUCCUCUUGGUCAAAUUCUACUACGUUUUCAGAAACAAGCAGAGGGACAAGAUCUGGAACGCCAUGACUGCCGAGGAGCAGGAAGAGUACAUCAAAACUACGACUGAUGAGGGUAAUAAGCGUCUCGACUUUAGAUUCGACCAUUGA